AUGGUGGACUACCACCGGGAGCGGGAGCGGGCCCAGGCGCAGGCCCCGGCCGGGCCCGACGGGGAUUACAUGGCCCAGGAGGAGGACUGGGACCGGGACCUGCUGCUGGACCCGGCCUGGGAGAAACAACAGCGGAAGACCUUCACGGCCUGGUGCAACUCCCACCUGCGCAAAGCGGGGACCCACAUCGAGAACAUCGAGGAGGAUUUCCGGGACGGCCUCAAGCUCAUGCUGCUGCUGGAGGUCAUCUCGGGCGAGCGUCUCCCCAAGCCGGAGCGGGGCAAGAUGCGGGUUCACAAGAUCAACAACGUCAACAAGGCGCUGGACUUCAUCGCCAGCAAGGGGGUCAAGCUCGUCUCCAUCGGCGCCGAAGAGAUCGUGGAUGGGAACGCCAAGAUGACGCUGGGGAUGAUCUGGACCAUCAUCCUCCGCUUCGCCAUCCAGGACAUCUCCGUGGAAGAGACCUCGGCCAAGGAGGGGCUGUUGCUAUGGUGCCAACGGAAGACGGCGCCCUAUAAGAACGUCAAUGUCCAGAACUUCCAUAUCAGCUGGAAGGACGGGCUGGCCUUCAACGCCCUCAUCCACCGGCACCGCCCGGAGCUCAUCGAGUACGAGAAGCUCCGCAAGGACGACCCCGUCACCAACCUCAACAACGCCUUCGAGGUGGCCGAGAAGUUCCUGGACAUCCCCAAGAUGCUCGAUGCUGAGGACAUCGUGGGCACGCUGCGGCCGGACGAGAAGGCCAUCAUGACCUACGUGUCCUGCUUCUACCACGCCUUCUCGGGGGCACAGAAGGUGAGCGCCUGGAACCGGGCUUCAACUGGGCUAUAA